UUGAAAGAACUCCAAGGAUCCACCUUUUUUCACCCUAGGCAAAGAAACCCCAGGAUUUUAGUGCCGGGAUCCUGGGAGGGCUCAGGACCUCCAGUCUGGAAGCCACUUUGGGGGUCCUGGCCUUCAUGGAGCGGCUGAGGCACUGCCCAUCGGAACAUCAGGCCACCGUGAAUGCUGCCCUGGCUGCCCUGUGCCGCCCUCUCUUCCACCACGAGGAGGCUAAGAUCCGAAGGGCAGCCAUGAAGACCCAUCUGGAUCUCCUGCAGCACCGCCACCACCAUCAUGAGAGUACAGAAGAGAACAUCACGACCCUCAUCGCGGUGCUGAUGCAUGUGGAGGAUGAGGACCUGGAGGUAGCACAGGCUGCAAAGGACAAUCUGAGCCUCCUGGCGGAAGCCCUCCUCUGGCACCUGGAGGGCAGGCUGUUGGCGCGGGACUCUUACAGCCUGCAGGAGCUGCUGCACAAGAUCGCCAAGCGUCUGAUUCAGCAGCUCGGCACAGAGGACGCCGUGGAGAUGGAGACCACCAAUAUCCUGGGCUUCUUCCGCAGCGAGCAGCCUUCAGUGAGGAGAACAGCUGCCCUGCUGAUCGGGGACUCUGCGGAGGGCAGUUCUGCCGCCGCCACCCAGACUGGGACCAGCAGCACCACCCCACUACAGCUUCUGCCUCCAGUGACAGCUCCAGCCCCGCCCGGCACAGUGGCCGCACCCAUUAGCACCUACGAUGUGCCACAAAGACCACCUCGGAGGGCAUUGAUCGACCACCUCCUCAGGCUGAUCCUUUCUGUGCAAGUGGAAGAGCCCUGGCUUACUGAGUGA